GGGGGCGGGCGAGAGCGGAAGUUGGAGUGCGGUAGGGAGCUGGGUAACCGGAAUGAUUCUGAAAACGGGCUGGCAGUAAAAAGUUGCACGUGGUUUCCGCGUGGCCUGAGCUGAUCAAAAUGGGCCGCUCGGGCAAGUUGAGAUCUGGCACUGCUAGUAAACUUAAGCGUUGGCGCAAGGGACACAGCAGCGACAGUAAUCCGGAGGGGCGCCGCUACCGCCUGGCAGCUCGCGGGCGCUUGCUGGCUCCCCGAUCAGAAAACAGCAACCUGACUGUGGAUGCACUGAAACUACACAAUGAGUUGCAGUCAUCAGGGCCACUGCCUUCCUCACGAGAUGGGGAGGAUGCACAGCCCUUCAUGGAAGAGAAUGACAAUGAUGAAACUGCCAAGACCCACAAAUCUUCAGCCACCUUCCUGAGUGGCUUGAGUGACUGUACCAACCUCACCUUCAGCAGAGUUCAGCGUCUUUGGGAGUCCAACUCUGCGGCCCACAAGGAGAUCUGUGCAGUGUUGGCUGCUGUCACAGAGGUGAUUCGUGCACAAGGUGGUACAGAGAGUGAGACAGAGUAUUUUUGUGCACUGAUGACUACGCUGGAAGCUGUGGAAUCGCCAGAGUCCCUGGCUGCUGUUGCUUACUUGCUGAAUCUGGUGCUGAAGCGAGUACCAGGCCCUGUGCUGAUCAAGAAGUUCUCCGAUACCUCCAAGGCCUUCAUGGGGAUCCUAGGCUCACAGUCCUAUGGAGGUUCCACCUCAGCCCUGCGCUGGGUGGUCUCCUGCCUAGCCACAUUGCUGCGAAGACAGAACCUUGCAGCCUGGAACUACCCUGUGACAAUGCAAGUUUUUCAUGGCCUUCUCAGCUUUACUGUCCAUGUCAAGCCCAAAGUCCGUAAGGCUGCCCAGCAUGGAGUUUGCUCCAUCCUGAGAGGUAGUGAAUUCCUGUUUGGUGAUGGGGCUCCCUUACACCAUCCAGCUGCGUAUACGACUGCCAAGUUCUGCAUUCAGGAGAUUGAGAAAUCUGGAGGUGCUAAGGAGGCCACCACCACUUUGCACAUGCUCACUCUGCUACGUGACUUGCUGCCCUGCCUGCCGGCCCCAUCUGUCAAGUCUUGCUGUGAGACCCUGCUUCGGGUCAUGACCCUCAGCCAUGUGCUAGUGACGGCAUGUGCCAUGAAAGCCUUUCACGGCCUCUUUGUCACCAAGCCCCCUGUGUCAUGCCUGCCAGCUGAGCUCAACGCCCAGAUUAUCACGGCCUUAUACGACUAUGUGCCCAGUGAGAGUGAUUUGCAGCCUCUGCUGGCCUGGCUGUCUGUCAUGGAGCAAGCGCAUGUCAACCUGGCAAAGCUGCAAUGGGAUCUCUGCUGGGCUCACCUUUCCCGCUUCUUCAACGUGGCCAUGAACUGCUUCCUUUCCCCUCAUGCCCAGAUAGUGUCGGCUGCUGCUCAAACCCUAAAGGUUUUGCUCACUGAGUGUGUGGCCCAUCACAUGGCAGAAUUGGGGCUGAUUUCCUCGGCUACGCCAUCUGGACCUGCUGCCCACAUCUGCAAGAUGUUCAGAGCAGUGGAAGAGGGCCUGACCUACCGGUUCCAUGCCGCUUGGGCCUCUGUGUUGCAGGUUGUAAGGGCUUUUUUUGAGGCGUGUGGACAGCAGUGUCAUCCUGCCAUGCAUAAGUGCCUGCAAUCUCUAGCUGAUCUGCGUGGCUCCCCACACUUUCCUCACAGCAUCCUGCUUGACCAAGCUGUGGGGGCUGCAGUGGCAACCAUGGGCCCUGAGGUGGUGCUUCAAGCUGUGCCUCUUGAUAUCGAUGGCACUGAGGAAACGCUGGAUUUCCCUCGCAGCUGGCUCCUCCCUGUUCUUCGGGACCAUAUCCAUGAUGCUCCCCUUGCUGCCUUCUCCAGUUACUUCCUGCCACUGGCUGCCACUCUAAAAAGCAGAGCCACAGAACUUGCCCAGGAAGGACGGGACUUAGAAGCCAAAAUCUAUGAUACCCUGCAGUGGCAGAUAUGGACUCUGCUGCCUGGUUUCUGCACCCACCCCACAGAUAUAGUAGCCUCAUUCAAGGGCUUGGCACGUACCCUGGGUAUGGCUAUAAGUGAUCGUACUGAUCUGCGGCUUAUAGUGUGCCAAGCUCUUCGCAGAUUGAUAAACAAAGGCUGCCAAACAGAUGCGGAGCGUGCUGAGGUUGGGCGCUUUGCAAAGAAUUUCCUGCCCAUCCUGUUCAAUGCAUAUAGCCAGCAGGGCAGUGCCAGUGAGAGUCCUGCGCACCGACGCUCUGUGCUGGACACUGUCCGAACCUACUUGACAGUCACCGAACCACAGAUGGUGCAUGGGUUUCUGGGGAAAGCCAGUGAGAAACUGACCAGCCCUGAUAGCACUGAAUUCACCAGGCUCUCCAUGUUGGACCUUGUUGUAGCCAUGGCCCCCUAUGCUGAUGAGCCAUCUCAGCAUGCUCUCUAUGGUACCAUCCAGCCCUCUUUACAGAACAAAGACCACAGGAUACAGAAGAAGGCAUAUCGGGUGUUGGAGGAGGUGUGUGCCUCUGAUCGCCCUGCAUGUAAGAACUUUGUGCAAAGCCAUCUAGAGGAGUUGCAGAGUGCUCUACUAGGCUCCUUGCCCAGUGCCACCUCACCUGCCAAGAGGCCCCGGCUGAAGUGCCUCUUCCACAUUGUCAAGCAGCUCACAGUGGAGCACGAGGAUUUUGUCACUGCUCUUGUACCAGAGGUAAUACUCUGCACCAAGGAGGUGUCUGUGGGUGCCCGCAAGAAUGCUUUCAAUCUGCUUGUAGAGAUUGGUCACGCCUUCCUACGCUUUGGCCCCACUCCAGAUGAUGCAAUGCAGCGUUAUCUCCUCCUGGUCUAUGCAGGCUUGACUGGCUCUGUCACCAUGAUCAGCUGCACUGUGCUUGCUCUUGCUCGCCUGCUCUUUGAGUUCAAAGAAUACGUUGGGCCAGAUGCCCUAGAGCAGCUUGUGCACCAUGUCUGCCUCAUGGUAGGCUCACGGACACGGGAUGUCGUCAAGUCGGCCUUGGGCUUCCUUAAGGUGGCCCUCUUGCUCCUGGAUACGGCAGUAUUGAGUCGACACAUGCAGACCAUGCUAGAAGCCAUAGGAGCGUUGACGGAUGACAUGAGGCGCCAUUUCCGCAUGAAGUUGCGAAACCUUCUUUCCAAACUGAUGCGCAAAUUUGGCAUUGAGCCUUUGAAGGCUUUGCUCCCUGAAUCGUAUCGGAAGGUGCUGUUGAAUAUCCACAAGGCUGAGGCAAGGAAUCGCAAGCGACAAGCUUUGAAGCAGGCAGCAGCCACUUCAGAGGAAGAGGAAGGAGCGCCCAUGCAGCCCAAGGGAGAUAGCAUGGAGGAGGUACUGGCAGACUCUGACUCUGAUGUGGAAGACAGUGGCAAACAGCAUGAGGGAAGACAGCUGAGGAAGGUGUCACAACAACGAGGCCGGGCUUGGCUCAAGGAGGGAGAAGGCGAUGAGCCCCUCAACUUCCUGGACUCUAAUGUGUCACAGAGGGUUCUGGCUACCAAGCCUGGCACUGGCCAGACUGGAAAAGUCAGCCAUGACUUCAAGGUAUCGGCGGAUGGACGUCUCAUCAUAUGUAAUGAGGAAGAGGAGGAGGAGGAGGAAGGAACUAAAGGAGUGGAUGAAGAGAUGGCAGAUCUAAUGCAAGAAGUUGGGAUCCGAAGUAAGAAGGCUCAAAAGCGCCGAUUCCGAGAAAAGGUAGAUGAUGAGGAGCACGGCACUGAUGCACAAUCACAGUACAGAGCUGGAGGCUCAGGAAUCCAUCGGCCUGUUGGCAAGACUGCAAUACCUGGAGUGGAAUACAAGGCGAAGAAGGGCAAAGGUGACAUCAAGAAGAAGGGCCGGCUGGACCCUUAUGCCUACAUCCCACUGAACAGAGCCAAGCUUAACAGGAGGAAAAAGGCAAAAAUGCAGGGACAAUACAAGGGCCUGAUGAAGGGGGCUCAACGUGGUGCCCAGGCUGGCAAGAGGCAUUGCAAGAAGCAGCCCCAUAUCUGAAGAACAGGGGUCUUGUCAAAAACUUUUCUGUAGUGCAGUUCCUGCCAAGACACCUGACUGUGGUCCUGGUUGCUGCCACUUGAGCUGUUCUCUGCAAAUGGAAUGUGGUCACUAGUCCUGCACGUCAGCUGGGUAUACUUCUUGGUCAAAAGAAGAGGAUUAGUUGAAGAUGUACGUUCCAUCCCAGUCCCCACUCUAGUAUUUAUGGAUCCAUGCAGUUGGGCUUUGCUUUCCAGAGGGUAUUGCUAUAGUUUGCAACACUGCUGUGUGUGUGUGUUCACCCAUCCUGGGACUUAUGUGUGUAUGCAAGUGAGAAAGAGACAUGAUUGUUUGCUCCAAUGAACUUCUGAGCAAUAAAUGUUAACAACACAA